AUGCAAGGUAUAUAGUAUUUUGGGGUCGACCCACAAGCAGAUCUAUAUGUUUACGCACUUCUGGGGUUCAAGAAAGACAAUUAUGCUGAUGCCUGUUCAAAACACCUUCAAGAAAAUGAUUUAGUUAGAAUCGUUGAUGGAGUUAGGCAUCUGAGAUUUAAUGCCGUUCCAUUUCGUGUCCAUUCUGCCUUUCAUCUCACAACAAGCGUAGUGAUUUUUUCUCACCUGUAA